AUGGAAGUUGACGAAAUUAGUGAAAAAAAGGACGGUAACGUCCUGAUGGGUGAUAAUGAACUUGAGCUCGAGGAAUCGAAUUUAGAAAAGCCUAGGGACAGUCUUCCGGUCUUUUUCCGUUUGAUUACAUCUGGAGUUGUUAUGCUCUGCAUGUUCAUCAUAACAACCACUUUAACGAAAGUCGAAACAGAGACAAAUGUUUUCUUCAUCAUUACGCUUGUUACGGUUGUUUUUAAUAAUAGGCGUAAUUCACGUGGCUUUCUUGAGGGACAGGCCGUUGCAGGUAUCAUAGCAUCUGUGGCGAACUUGAUUACAAUCGCGCUGGCAAGCAGCCCUCUUGACGUUGGAUUCGCGUAUUUUCUUAUCGGUGUUUGUAUUAUUGCCCUUAACAUUGGCCUUUUUGUACUACUUUUCCGAAAUGCCUACUUUCUUUACUACUGGGAAAGCAAAGGAACCAAACAAGUGGAUGACACCUCGUUCAGUGCGAAACUCAAGAGCACCGCUGCAAAUCUGUGGCACGCCAUGUGGGAGGUGAGAUGGACUGGCUUCACUCUACUUUUUACUCUCACCGUCACGCUAGCCCUCUUUCCUAGCGUGUAUGUUUUACUGGUUCCUAACAACUUCGACGAAAACAGCCGAUGGCAUACAAAAUACUUCCACGCCGUUCUUGUCUUUCUCUGCUUUAAUAUCUUCGACUAUGUGGGACGCGUUUGCGUCGGCUGGAUUAAAUGGCCAAGAUUUGAACAAAAGAAGCUCUUUUUGUCCUUUGCGAUUCUUCGCGUGAUCCUGGUUCCCUUGUCAAUGCUGUGUAACAUUAAUUCACAGCGAAUUCCCACAGUUUUUUAUCACGACUCUAUUCCAACUAUCCUAAUCGCUCUGCUUGGCCUUACGAACGGUUAUAUCAUCUCCUUGAGCGUCAAUUAUGCACCAAGAUAUGCCUCGCCGGGAAAUGAAGAGGGUUGUGGAAUUGCGACCUCAGCAUACCUCUCGCUGGGACUGUGUAUCGGCGUGUUUUUGUCCUAUGGACUUGUAGCUCUAGUCUAG